UGUGACCUAUAUGUGCAGCUGUCGCCCCCAACCUGAUGGAGGUUGGUGGGGGUGAUGCCUCAACACUGAAGGGAGAUGGUUAAGAUGAGCUUAUUUAACUACCUGGAAGCCUAAAAAGAUUCAAAGUGUCGCUUUCAGCAAGUCCUUAAAGGUGGAACGACAUAAAACAGAAGGCCUGAGCGGACUGACAUUUAGGGAAAUGACCUCCCUCCCUUUCUGGGAGUUCUUCAGCAGGGUUAAAGCUGCUUAAGGGAACCAUGGCAGUGGCUGCUAAUGCUUCAUGAUCUUAGGUGGACUUACACCUAAAGGACAAAUGCUUUGAGAUGAAAUAUUUGGCUCUUGUUACCCUAACCUGGACUUCGUGGGGAUGUCCAAAGGAAUUUCUUACAGCCUUUGGAGCAAAACUAAGUUUGCUACAGAUCCUGUGAUGAAAGCCUGGAGGAUGUUUGGAAAAUGCCGACUGAAGAUUAAAUCACAUGUUCAAUGAGAUGAGCUUACUGUACAGAGCAUCCCGGUGUGUUGGUCCACUUUCAGCACCUAUAAAGACAAGCAGAUGCCUAAAGCAGCAAAGUCUUUCAGACGAGAUGUUUAAUAAAUGCAACUCAUUUCGAUACCUUUGUCAAUAACCAGAGAAGUGGGAAAGUUUGGAAGGAGGUUCCGAGGGGAAUCAAAAUGGCAGCCCGCUCACAGUCGAGUCCCUGUUCCACCGUCCCCUCCAAGAAGGCCAAAACCAAAGGCGCACAAAAUCUCCAGAAUCAUGAAGGUGGAUCUCAAGAAAUGGCAGCUCCCGUUUUCAUCCGCAAGCUCCGUAAGGCUGCAGUGGGAACAGGUUGUGAUAUCCGUCUCAGGGUGUCAGUGUCAGGACAUCCUAAACCUUCGAUGACAUGGUACCACAACGAUGAGCCGAUUCCCCCCUCAGAAGCCCAAGAUUCAGGAGGACUGUGGAUCCGGGACUGCCACACGGACGACGCUGGCCUGUACACCUGCGUGGCGUCCAAUGACCUGGGAGAGGCAAGCUGUAGCGCAGUGUUGGCUGUUAUGGACCUAGGUGAAGACUCUGAGACGACAGAAGAUGAAACCACUGAACCUCAGAUGGAGACCAAGGAAGGGCCCGGGAGGCACCAAGACAAAGCCGGACGGAAAGGACCAUCGGGCGAAGGAGGACGGAUGAUGGACUAUAACCCGGACGCUUCGGAUCGCAGAGCCACGCUCCCCGGCACCUACGACCCCGUGGUGGAGCGGGAGCUCCGGGCUCUGGGUUCCCGCCCGCCGGGGCCGCAUUUGGACCCCACAAACCCAGCAAGGAACAAAACUCCUGAGGAAUCCUGGGGGAUCUCCUCUCAUGUCUUCCCAUCCUCUGCCCAGCCAGCAUUAAUCAAAAACCUUGACAAAGACAAAACUGAAGAGCCCGAAGCUUCUAAGACUUCUGGCACUGGCAACGUUAUCAUGACUCCGAAGCUGGCUCGUGCCGGACCCAAGAUCUUUGACAAGGUGCGGGCCUUUGAGGAGCGAAGGAGGAGUGUGGAUCUGCCAGGAGGGGCGGCGUCCGUGGACUCGGAUGACAGCGGAAAGAAGACAGGAGGCCCCGGCAAGGAGGAGGGGAAAGUCCUGCAGGGAGUAGCCCAAAAGAGAGCAGCAUUCCAGCAGCGGGCCUCCUCACUGGAGGACAAGACCACCUACUCCCAGAGGGUUCAGAGCUACCAGAACAAGUUUGCCGAGGAGCUCCAGAGGAUCAAGAAACUUGUGGGGAAAUCCAGCCUGAAGAAGGCGUACUCCACAGAGCAGUUGUCGCAGAAGGAAAGGAUCCACUCGGGGAAAAUAGAGCCCAUUCCUCAGCAUGUGGUGCGGAAGCUGGAGGCCAGGGAGCGGGCUCUGGAGGGGGAUCGGGACGGGACACCCCAGGUUCCUGCACCGCUCCCCGGCGGACCUCUAGAACGUCGGAGGGAGAAUCCUCGUUGGGACAAUGUGGCACAGACGCCUGGAGGCUCAUCUGGAGAAAGCAUCGGGAAAAGCGCGGUUGCCAUGGAAACGGAAGCAGUUCACCAGUUGCCAGGACAACCACUGGCAACAGCAGCCAGGAAGAGUCUAAACAGUGAAACUCUUCGGAGCUCACCAGCAGAUGACAAACACACACUUCUUCCCACUUCCUUCAAGCCUUCGUCCUCCUCCAGAGAUCCGGGAACACAUUCAAACACAGACACCAAGAUGGAAAACAAAUCGCAUCACGGAUCUUCAAACCCAACCGGGAAGAGAUCGUCCCCUGUGCUGUCGGUGGAACCGCUGUCCCAACAUCCGCCCGAAUCCAACCGGCCUUCGCCGGCACUCCCACCUGCGGUUAGCCCCUUAUUGAAGAAGAGGAGGGCUGAGGUGGGACGGGGCUCUCUGGCUUUGAAAGUCAGCAUCCCCACCAUCCUGGUGGAGGACGAGCCCAUGGAGGAGGAAGGUCCGACAGAUGACAACAAAGGCAAACACCGAACCCGACGAAGGGUACGCAGAACCAAGCAAGGACAGCCAAUGUCUGCAGAGGAAGGCUCAUCUGAUGACUCCUACAUGUCUGCUGAUGAAGAGCCAGGAGAGGGACCAAGGUUUGUGAAGCCUCUCCAGGACACCACGGCAACAGCUGGUUCAGAGGUCAAACUGGACUGCGUUAUCACUGGCAAGCCACCAAUUACAGUGACAUGGAGGAAGAACAACGUAGAGCUGCGCAGCGAUGCUUUUUGUACAGUCCAGACAGAAGGCGAGACGCACACUCUGCUGAUAAAGGAGCUCAGGGCGCAGAACGCCGGAUCGUACUGCGUCACAGCAGCCAACACGGCGGGCACCUCCUCCUGCAGAGCCACCCUCUCCAUCCGUCCAGAACCUGGUCAUGUGCAGCAUGGGAAACCAUCUCCAGCCGUGAUGGUCAGCGGUCCAGUCCAGUCGGAUGAAGAAUAUCUCAGUCCUCAGGAGGAGAAGAUGGAGGUUGGAGACUCACCGUCCUUGAAUGAAGGCGUCUCCUUCAGGGAACCUCCCUUGUUUCAGGUGACCCCUCGUGACCCUGUCUGUGGAACCAAGCAGGUGGAGUGCAGAGUAGAAGUCAAAGCUGCUCCGACAGAGCUCAGAAUCACCAGAGCAGCAGAAGACGUAGCGGUCAAGGCCGGGGAAUCGGCCAUCUUUGAGUGCCACAUCACCGGGCCGCCAGAUGUGGAGGUUGACUGGCUGUCUGACGGGAAGCUCAUCCAGCCAGCACUGCUCAACUGCAAGAUGCAUUUUGAUGGGAAGAGGUGCCGCCUAAUGCUGAAUUCAGUGCACGAGGAUGACAGUGGGACAUACACCUGCAAACUGAGCACUGCCAAAGAGGAGCUGACCUCAGACGCAAACCUGAGAGUCGCUCCGUCCAGAGAACCUCUGUUCACUCGUAAACUGGACAUCCUGGAGGUCAUCGAAGGACGCACCGCGCGCUUUGACUGUAAGGUGAGCGGAUCACCUGCCCCGCGAGUCACAUGGAGGCAUUUUGAGACACGAGUGGAAGAGAAUGAUAACAUUCGCGUCCUUCAAGAAGGAGGUCGUCACUCACUUGUCAUCUCCCACGUCAGCAGCGACACGGAGGGUUUCUACACCGCAGUCGCUCAGAACGUUUACGGAAAGUCCGAAUGCACUGCAGAGCUGUAUGUGCAGGAAUCACGGGCUGCCAUCUCCUCCCACAUGGCCAAGUUAGAGAAAAUGCCAUCCAUCCCCGAGGAGCCCGAGGUUCUGGAAAACGAGUUGGAAAGGAGAACCAUGCCAGAUUUUGUCAAGCCUCUGGCGGACGUGGAAGUGAUCGAAGGGAAGGAAGCCGUGCUGAAAUGUAAAGUGUCCGGCCUGCCCUACCCAACCAUCGCCUGGUACCACAAUGGCAAACGCAUUGAGAGCAGCGAGGAGCGCAAAAUGACUCAGCACAGGGAUGUCCACAGUCUGGUCAUCCGGGGCGCCUGCCACGCUCACGGGGGCGUCUAUAAGGCGGUCAUAUCCAACAAAGUGGGCAAGUCGGCCUGCUACGCUCACCUCUACGUUACGGACAUUGUUCCUGACCCUCCGGAUGGCCCUCCGGUUAUUGAGGCCAUCACAGGAAAAACCAUAACCCUCAGCUGGAAGAGACCGAAGAGGCUCGACCCUUCACUGGAUGCCAGCUCGUUGCUGUUCAUGGUCCAGCAGCAGCCUCUGGGAUCCAUCCAGUGGUCUGUUGCGGCAUCUAACCUGAAGGAGACAAAUUACACUGUCACCUCCCUGUCCAAGGGAGUCCGUUACGCCUUCAGGGUUCUGACGUCGACCGGGAAGACUCUGAGCAAACCAUCCCCCUCCACUGAUCUGGUCCAGCUGCUGGACAAAGGGCCAUAUUUGAGGAAGGCGCCGGUUAUUCUGGACAAACCCGACGUUGUGUUUGUGGUGGAGAACCAACCCGCUAACGUCACCGUCACGCUGAACCACGUGCAUGCGGUGGUGACCUGGAAAAGGAGGGGAGUUGCAUUGAUUAACAGACUAGGAGUGUAUGAGAUGAGCAUGCCAGACGACGAUCAGCACACCUUGAGGAUCCAGCGGGUCAGGACCUCUGACAUUGGCCAGAUGGUGGUCACCGCCAGCAACCAGUUUGGCAGUGACCUCUGCACACUGCAGCUGGCCAUGGCAGUUCUUCCUAAAUUUGAAUCUAUCAUGGAGGACGUGGAUGUGCACGUUGGGGAAACGUCACGUCUGGCUGUAGUGGUGGAGGGGAAACCGGAUCCAGAUAUCCUGUGGUUUAAGGACGACCUCCUCCUCUCCGAGAGCGGCCACUUCACGUUCGUGUACGACGACCCGGAAUACUCGCUGGUCAUCCUGAGCGCCACGGAGGAGCACUCAGGCGUGUACACCUGCACCGCCAAGAACGUGGCCGGCUCCGUGUCCUGCAAGGCUGAGCUCACGGUUCACACAGAGAGAAAAGCGACAGCCGAGCCAGUGGAGGACGAGGGGACCAUUCUGAGGAAGAUGCGGCGUUUGACGGAUUAUUAUGAUGUUCACAAGGAGAUAGGGAGGGGAGCCUUCUCCUAUGUGAAGAGAGCGACGCUGAAGUCGGAAAAGGUGGAUUUUGCGGCUAAAUUCAUCUCGGCCCGAGGAAAGAGGAAAGCUUUGGCCCUCAGGGAGAUGGAGCUGCUUUCUGAGCUGGACAACAACCACAUCCUUUACUUUCAUGAUGCUUUCGAGAAGAAGAACAUAGUGGUGCUCAUCACAGAAUUAUGUCACGAAGAAAUGUUGGACAGGAUGGCCAAGAAAUCGACCGUCGUGGAGAAGCUGAUUCGCAGCUGUGUCCAGCAGAUUUUGGAGGGGCUUAGAUAUCUUCACCAAAACAAUAUCGCUCACCUUGACGUGAAGCCUGAAAAUAUUUUAAUGGCCAGUCCAGGUAGUGACCUCAUCCGCAUAUGUGACUUUGGGAAUGCCAUCAAACUGGACACUUCAGAGGAUUACUACUGCAAAUACGGCACACCGGAGUACGUUGCUCCAGAGAUCAUUAACCAAACUCCAGUUUCCAUAGCCACAGACAUAUGGCCUGUCGGAGUCAUCACUUAUCUCUGUCUGACUGGGGUGUCUCCGUUUGCCGGUGAGAAUGACAGAGACACCGCGCUGAACAUCAGGAACUACAACGUGGCGUUCGAGGAGGGCAUGUUUUCAGAGCUCUGCAAGGAGGCCAAAGGAUUCGUCAUCAAGCUUCUGGUGGUGGACAGGCUGAGGCCAAAUGCCAUAGAGUGCCUUCGUCAUCCUUGGUUCAAGUCACCUACAAAUAAGAGCAUUAGCACGGCGAUGCUAAAGCAGGUUAUUGCUAGAAGGCGCUGGCAGCGCUCCCUUAUCAGCUAUAAAUCCAAAAUGGCGUUAAGAUCCAUCCCAGAGCUCCUCAACGACUCCUCCAGCCACGUUUCCAUCGCUGUUGCUCGUCAUUUGAAGGAAGGCUCCCCGCCUCCUUCUUCCUCGUCCGAUUCAGAAGCAGAUGCGGACGAGCUUCCGUUUAUUCCGAUGCCCCUGUCCAUGGUUUUCUCUGGAUCCAGGGUCUCGCUUAAUGAGAUCCCAGGGGACGAGGAUGUCAGAUGGCCGACCGUCUGUGUUAAUAGUACAAGGACAAAGGAAAAUAUGGAUGUAGAUGGUUCUACGGCAGAGGGGAAUAAAAAUAUUACAGAUGAAGUGGAGAGAACAGGAAAGGCUAAACGAGAAGAUCUGAAGAAAGGAUCAGGCACUGGGUCUAAUGAAACACAGACAAGAGCCAGGAGGGCUACCAUGAGGAGAGGCAGCUCUGCUGAUUCAGCUCUACUUCUCCACAUAGACCCAGAGGAAGGAAAUGCAAAUGAAGACUCAGAGGCAAGAACGAAGAGCCUAAAAAAGGCUGUUUCUAUGGAACUGCCCAAUCGCAGCCCAAGCCCAGGAGCUACAAAGUUAAGUCAGGAAGAUUACACCUUAAAACUAGAGCUAAUGAGGCAACGGCUGCUAAGGGGAGGAAGCGUUGAUAAAAAAAUGAGUGGCCUCCGGGGGCCGCUGUUUGAAACCCUUGGCAUAGAUGAGGAAAGGCAGACGGGAUCUCUUGAGAGAAGUUUAAGACGAUCCAAAGCAGGACCCUCAAAACUUACCAGAGCAGCAUCUUCUGAAAGCUCAGGAGAAGACACACCAAAGACCAAAGUUUUUUGUAAAAGUGUUUCUUUCUCACAGGGGGAUUCAGAGCCCAUGUCCCUGCACCGUAGGUUUGGAGCCCCCUUAGAGAUUCCAUCUGCUUCCAGUGCUCCGACAGAAGGGAAGAAGCUGCAGGAGGCUAUUUCAAUGUCUGCGCUGACUGAACAAGCAACACUGGAGUCCGAAUCAACCUCACCCAAAGCAAAAGCUUCCUUUGCUCUUCCAGAAACAGGAAAAAUGGACCAAGAGCAAAACAAUUGCAAUGUGAAAGGUUCAGAUAUAGAUGAAGCAACAGAGAAAAGGACCAAAGUAGAGACUGAAACAUCUAGUAUUACUCCUAAAAUUGUUAUAGAAGAGAAAGAAAAAAGUAUGAAUGAAAAAUUCUCAGAUGCAUCUUCCUUACCUGAGCAUCCAGCUGUAUUUGCCAAAGUAGCAACAGGAGACAGACCUGCUGGUUCUCCUCCCUCGUCUUCAAACCCCGAUCUCACCAUCAUCCCUCGCCAACCCGUUCUCAGAACAGACAUCAAAGACAUUGAUUCAGUGGAAGUCUUUGAGGCCAAGUUUAAGAAGCGUGAGUCAUCCUUAACCCGUGGCAUCCGCAAACUGACCAGAAACAAGUCUGAGGAGAAAUCCCCUGUGUUGAGCCGAAAGACUGUUGAAGGGGGUGAGGACAUUUACAGGCCAGGGCCGAGAGGGGCUCCACUUGAAAUGGCAUCCAAGGGAAUUCCAGAGAAAUCUAAAUCUGUCCAAGACUUAAGAGAGGUAGGUCAGGAAACAGGCCUUGGUUUGAUUGGGAGGUUUUCAUUGAAAGGCAAGAGAUCAACAUCUACUGAGAAAAAGGAGGAAAAGCAACCAAAUGUACAAGAAACUGCUGUAAGUAAAAGGGUUUCAUGGGUUGUUGGUCGCAGUAAAUCUCUGGACACAAAGGAUCUGGAUGCUUCUGAAGCAAGGAAGCAGUCUGAAGAGCGACAAUCUGGGAAAGCUGAGGAGUCCUCGGUUUCUGCCAUGAGACGAAAGUUUGAGUCCAAAGUGGCGGGAAUCUCUGCAAAAUUUAGGAGUCAGUCAGAGGAGAGGAAGGCUAAAGAGGCUGGAGGUAGUCAGAAAGACCUUGAGCAAAGGGGUCUCAACAAGGUCUCGGAAUCCCCUGUUCUUGCAAUACGUCACAAGUUUGAGAACAAAGUGGCAGGAAUAUCCUCAAAAAUCCGCAGUCAAUCAGAAGAAAGGAAAGUAGACGGAGAGGGUAGGAACACACCUCUGUUUGCUCGGCACCGUCAUUCCCAUUCUGAAGGUCGAGGACUCAAAGGGAUGGGUAUCCCUGAAAAUCAGCUGGCAAAACAAACAGGUGCUGCUGCAUCGAAGGAAUCCCUUGAGUCUAACUCUAGUAUCCAUUCCGAUAAAGCCAUGGAGACUGACAGACGGUCGCGGUGGGACCGGUGGGGCUUAACCAGGCCCAGGAGAGACAAAACUCCCUCCCAAUCUGACUUACCCUCAACUGCACCCAAAGAGGAAGGUCUGACAAAAAGCCAGCAGUUCAUCCGCUCUGCUUCUGAUUUUGCUCCGGUGUUCCACAUCAAACUAAAGGACCAUGUCCUAUUAGAGUGGGAAGCUGUGACUCUGAGUUGCCUUCCAGCUGGCAGUCCACACCCACAGAUUACCUGGAUGAAGGAUCGGAAAGUGUUAGAGGUGACGGACAACCGGAUCAAGCUUCUGAACCACCCGGACGGCAGGCAGCUUCUUACUAUUCAGAAGUGCAGCCACAGAGACACUGGGGUGUACGAAUGCGUCGCUACCAACCCAAUCGCUACCGUCACCACCUCCUGCACGCUUUCUAUAGCUUCUGUUCCAAAGCGACCCGGAACCCCUGAAGUAGCUCAGACCUACAACAACACGGCUCUGGUUCUGUGGAAGCCGUCGGACACAAAAUCUCCCUGCAGCUACUCUCUGGAAUGGAGAAGUGAAGCUGAUCCCAACUGGGUAACUGUAGCCACUGGGAUAGCUGAUUGUUACUACAAUGUCACUGACCUGCCACUAGGGGGGGCCAUUAGGUUCAGAGUGUCCUGCGUCAACAAGGCAGGACAAGGUCCUCACAGCAACUGCUCUGCUCCGGUCAGCCUGGACUCAACAGACGGAGGAGCUUCACCUGCAGUUGCUGUAGUAAAAAUAGUCCCAACUCCACCUGAACCAGCACUGAAACCUAACCCAGAUGUCAAAGUCACCUCCACCUUCUCAACCUCUCCACCUCCUCCUCCGCCGUCUGCCCUGACCUCUGACCCUCCCAUAGGUCUUCCGUCACCGUCUGUUAGCAUAACCCCAGAGGAAAAGCAAAGCAGCGUUCUGCCUUCCUCUAGCACAGUCAAAACCUCUCCGUCCUUCAUCUUGUCUAAGCCCCAGAGUCCGAUAAACGUGGUGACCCCUAUGACCCAGACCCCGCCUCCUCUUGUAAGCCCGCCCUCUACCCCUACCAAACCUUUGGUUGCAUCCAUACCCAGCUACGUCCCCACCACUGCUGCCACGGUACACGUAGCUCCCACUCCGGUGUCUUUUUCCCCACCCGUCCUCCAGGCCUCCAGCCUGAGCCCCAUUGCAGAGGGUGCCAACACCCCAACCAGAGGCACCCCAUCUGGACGCAGCACGCCCUCUACUGCUCUGAGACAAGGAGUUCCACAGAAACCAUACACCUUCCUGGAUGAGAAGGCCAGAGGUCGGUUUGGGGUGAUCCGCGAGUGCAGGGAAAACGCCACCGGAAAGAUCUACAUGGCCAAAAUCAUUCCCUACAGCCAGGAGAGCAAGCAGAAAGUGCUGAAGGAGUACGAGAUCCUAAAGUCGCUUCACAAUGAGAAGGUCAUGGCUCUCCACGAGGCCUAUGUCACACCACGGUACCUGGUUUUGGUGGCUGAGUACUGCACUGGCAAAGAGCUGCUCUUCAGCCUCACUGACAGGUUUCGGUAUUCGGAGGAUGAUGUAGUUGGCUACCUGGUUCAAAUCCUCCAGGCGGUGGAGUACCUCCACAACCGCAGAGUCCUCCAUCUGGACCUCAAGCCUGAGAACAUCCUGGUGACCAACCUUAAUGUGGUUAAGAUUGUAGACUUUGGCAGUGCUCAGAGUUUCAAUCCCCUCAACCUGGAACCCCAGGGCACAGGGGAAGGAACCCUGGAAUACAUGGCUCCUGAGAUGGUCAAAGGGGAAGUCGUCGGUCCUCCUGCUGACAUUUGGACCGUUGGAGUCGUCACCUACAUCAUGCUUAGUGGUCGACUGCCCUUUGAAGAUAAGGACCCUCGGCAAGUUGAAUCUAAAAUCCUGAUGGCCAAGUUUGACCCUAGCAAACUCUACCCAAAUGUUUCCCAAAGUGCCUCAGUUUUUCUCAAGAAGAUGUUGAGCAGUUAUCCAUGGGCUCGUCCAACCACGCGGGACUGCUUCACCCAGGCCUGGCUGCAGGACUCAUAUCUGAUGAAGCUCCGGAGGCAGACGCUCACCUUCACCUCCGGCCGACUCAAGGAGUUCCUGGUGGAGCAGCAGAGCUGUCGCAUGGAGAGCGCCACCAAGCACAAGGUGCUGCUGCGCACCUACCAGGGCUCGCCACGCAGCCCGGCAUCCGGCACCGCGCCACACCUACCCGGCCCCAAGUGAACACGGGGCAGGAGUCACCCCAACCCAACCACUGCUGACACCAAGCACCACGGGCAGACAGUUGGACCCACACGGGAGUCCAAGUGUUACUUUGGAACAAAUAAAAACUCAACAGACCAGAGAGAAUACAUUCAACUCAUAAACUCCUUAUAAACUGUAUUAAAAGGACAGGAAGACUUUUGGUUUUAGCCUCUUUGUCGUUUGUUAAUUCUGACACUGCAGUUUUAGUUGCCCCACAUUUGAUAUCCAGUGGUGGGCGCAAUUCCUCUAAUGUGCUAACAGUGGAGCAAAUUUUUUAUUCAGCGGUUUGCUAACCCAGACAAGUGCACUUAGCUAUUUGACAAUAUUUCCAGAUCAGUUAUUUGGUUGUUGUGUAAACUUUCAGUUUGACGUCUGCCACCAACUCUGUUUCCUCUCCUAACAUUAAUUUUCGUUUUCGUUUUAUCAAAUCACUUUAAAGCAAACGAGAAACAUGCAGGAGCAAAAUAAUAUGCAGCACAGAACGAGAUAAAAGCACGAAUAAAAAACCGAACUGAAUUAUAGAAUAUGGAAAUUAUGUCGAAAUUAAAUCGGUUCUUGAAGGUUGUACUCACAAGCUAAUGCUAAACCAAAAUUUAAGUUGGCACUUUAGCAUUAGCUUCCACUAAAUACAAUGUCGGUGCAGUGCGUUAGCUUUAGCGGAGCUAAUCUUGACGGUUAGGGCUUUGGGUUUAGCGUAGCAAACGUUUCAGUUAGCGCUGCCCACCACUGUUGAUACCAAGAUGCUUUCUUUAGUAGUUUUGUCUUAAAAACACAUUUUGUUUGGCAUGCAGUUUGGUGGUAAUCGUCAUGCUAAUGUACCACUUUUAAAGCUGCUAACUUAUUCUGCAUUUUGUCUCAUUUUAAAACACCGAAAACAUUGUUUCCCCCCCCCUUCUUUAAAAUAUGUUUACUUUUUUUCAUGUUAAUUUAUUUGCAUGUGUGUGCACAUUCUUGAGUCACUUUUCAAUAUAACUAUAAGGCAAAAAAAGAAAAAAAAAAGAAAUAAGGAAGAUGCUUGUGAUUGACGUUGAGUCUCAAGGGAAACGGUUUAGGGGAGAAUCUGUCGUGCAGCUUCUUGCUCUGUGAUCAACUCUAAAUCGCGAUCCAGCUGUGAACAGUAGAUUUUCUAUGAAGUGUAACGUGACGCUUAGUUGCCGUAGUUUGUCAGUAUUACAGGUCAGUAGAUCUGGUUGCUUGAAUCUCGGUCGUCCAGUCGGUGCCUCGGGGUAAACGUCAAAAAUGUUCAUAUUUAAUGUGUGUCUUCAUCAGCUGGUUGCAGUGUCCGGACAUUACAAGAGGUAACUCAUCCAUAAACACAUUUAGGCAAAUUUUCAUGGAGUCCUUGUAUCAUUAGAAUGCCUCAUGUAUUGCUCUAUCAGGACUUUUGUAUGACUUUGGAUGGCUCAAGAUUUGUAAAUGUACCCAUUUGCGGUGUUUAUAUGUGGAAAAAGAUGAAAAUGUUUUUAUGAGAUAGUAUGUAAUAAAAUAUUCAUACAUUUGAGAAUA